CGACUGAUAAGGGCCCCGAGUAGAAGAACACACCUAUGCUCCUGUUUUAGUGUGUCAUCAGUUUCGCUUUAUUGCAAAGUGUUAUAUUUCAUUGUAAGUGUUCUAAUUAAAAAAUUAAGUACAAAAUGGCGCAGAAGAGAUCCCUGUGGUUCUACCUGGCUGUAGUUUUAGUCAUUUUGAGUACCUUGACUCAAGAAGCCGAAGCCAGGCGUAAAAUUCUUCGAGGGCGACGUGUAAUGACACGUACUUAUUACCAUGGUAAUGCUGUUCCUGCUUGGGCAAUUAGUUUGAUGGCUGGUAUAGGCAUGUUACUUGUCGGUGGCGUACUGUACGUGAUAAUGAGAAAACUGGUACUUUCAUCAGAAACUGGCUCAUUGAACACAUACCAGCCAGCUAUGCAGCAAGAGCUGCCAUGAUUCAAGUUUAUAAAUUAUAUUAUUGAUAAGAGUAAUUGUUAAUUUAUAAGUUUUAUAAUAUAGCUUAUUAUAGCCUGGUAACGCACAUCGAAAAUCGAACGAAUGAUUAUUUUUUUGUUAUUUUUUGGCGAAAUUUUACUCUUAAUGUCUUCUGUAACUGAUACCACCUAUUAAAAGAGUUUAUAAUGUUUUACUAUUUUGUUUAUUUAUAGAAUAAUAAAAAUAUAUAAAUAAAAUCUUGUUUAUAUUUAAAAAAAUAAAAAAGUAGUUUUA